CAGUAACAACACUCAUCUCACAGACGACGUCGGCCUCAACACUCGGGUCAAGAGCAAAGUUUACAACAAGUCAACACUCAGAGGAAACGUUUCACAGAGGCGCUCGGAUAUCCAUGUCCUCUUCUAUCAACCACAGCCUCCGGGUGCAGGUUCUGUGACACACGUUUCGUGCUGUUGGAGGAAACGUGGAAAGGAUAUUUACUGGAAUCUUUCAUCAUGACAAAUGAGGAGGCAAAGGUGAUCCCAGUGCGGGUUGCUUUGCGAUGCCGUCCGUUGGUACCAAAAGAAAUCAAUGAAGGAUGUCAGUGCUGUCUCACUUUUAUGCCUGACGAGCCCCAGGUAAUUGUUGGCACAGAGAAGGCGUUCACCUAUGAUUAUGUGUUCGAUGCCAAUGCUGAGCAAGAAGAAGUGUACAGUACGGCUGUGUCCCCCUUGUUGACUGGGCUUUUCAAAGGCUACCAUGCCACGGUUCUUGCUUACGGACAAACGGGAUCAGGAAAGACCUUCUCCAUGGGAGGAACAUACACAUCAGCUCAGGAGAAUGAUUCUUCAGUUGGAGUUAUCCCAAGAGUUAUCCAGAGAAUAUUUCAGGAAAGUGAGAAACGGAAAGACUGUGAUUUCUCUCUGGCAGUAUCUUACCUGGAGAUCUAUAAUGAAGAUAUAUUGGACUUGCUAUCUUCAGCCAAAGAUAAACCUUCCAUCAGCAUUCGGGAAGAUCCCAAAGAUGGCAUUAAGAUUGUGGGCUUAACUGAGAGGAAAGUGUCCUCUGCCCAGGAGAUGGUGGGCUGUCUGGAGGUGGGAAACUCUGUUCGCACUGUGGGCUCAACAGCUAUGAAUGCUGCUUCUUCACGCUCGCAUGCCAUCUUCACCAUAACACUGGAGCAGCGCAGAGGGACAGACAAAGUCGACUCAAUGGUUUCAAAGUUGCACCUUGUGGAUUUAGCUGGUUCAGAGCGACAAAAGAAAACCAAAGCAGAGGGCGAUCGUUUAAAAGAAGGCAUCAGCAUCAACCGCGGCCUUUUGUCUUUGGGUAACGUCAUCAGUGCUUUGGGGGAUGAAAGCAAGAAAAACACCUUUGUUCCUUACAGAGACUCGAAACUCACCCGCCUGCUCCAAAACUCUCUAGGAGGCAAUAGCCACACUUUGAUGAUUGCGUGCAUCAGUCCCGCAGACUCAAACAUGGAGGAGACCAUCAACACCCUGCGAUACGCGGACAGAGCUCGCAAAAUUAAAAACAAACCAAUCGUCAAUGUUGACCCCAGAUCUGCAGAAAUGGGCCGUUUGAAACAACAGGUUCAGGAGCUGCAGGUGAUGCUUCUGCAUGCCCGUGGAGGAGUAGCUCCAAUGCUCUCUGGGCCAGAGUCAUCGGAGAAUGUUACCAAGCUGGUGGAAAGGAACCGCGCUCUGCAGGGCGAGAACAAUAAGCUGAGCAGGGAACUGAGUCAGGCAGCUGGACAGACCGCCUUCAUGUUCGAAAAGAUCAUUAUGACGGAACAAGCAAAUGAGGUACUGCAAAGCAAACUGGAACAACUGCGGCACCAUGCAGCAUGUACAGUGGAUCUUGAGAAAUUGUUGGAGACGCUGGAUGACCAGGAAUUGAAGGAAAAUGUUGAGGUGAUGAAGAAUCUGCAAGAAGUCAUCUUAGAGCUCAAGAAUGAGAGUGCCGGCCUCACUGCCUCCAUCGAAGCAAUGGCUGCAAGAGAGGACGUAACUGAGAUGUCUGCGAAUGGAAGUAAUAAUUCUGCAGAAGACAACCAAUCAGAUGCCGCCGUUGGUAAGGACUCCCCGGAGGCCUUUGCAACCCAUCAUGCGUUGCGGCAGGCCCAGCUCUCCAAGGAACUGAUCGAGCUGAACAAAGUGUUGAGUUUGAAGGAAGCUUUUGUGAAGAAAAUGUGCCAGAAUGACAGCCAGCUUGAGCCGAUGCAGUCAGAGCACCAGAAAAACGUAAUGUCUCUACAGUCUGCAGUGGAAUCUCUGCAGAAGGAGAAGGAGGAUCUUGUGUUGGCCCUUCAGUCUGCAAAGAAAGACACUAACCAGGCCAAGCUUAGUGAGCAGCGGAGGAAGAGGCUGCAGGAGCUCGAGGGUCAGCUCGGAGACAUGAAGAAGAAGCUUCUUGAUCAGUCUAAAAUGAUAAAAAUCAAAGAAUCUUCAGUCCAGAAAGUUGACAAACUCAUGCACGAGAUACAGUCCAUGAAGACGCAGCGUACACAGCUGAUGAGACAGAUGAGGGAGGACUCCGAGAAAUUCAGACAAUGGAAGAGCACGAAGGACAGAGAAGUGCUGCAGCUGAAGGAGAAGGAUCGUAAGCGCCAGUACGAGAUGCUGAAACUCGAGCGGGAUUUCCAGAAACAGGCCAAUGUUCUGCGUCGUAAAACUGAAGAGGCUGCAGCUGCUAACAAACGGCUGAAAGAUGCACUACAUAAGAGAAGUGAGGUGGUAGACAAACGAAAAGAUGCUCACAACAGAGGAACAGAGGGAGCUGCUUCAAGAAUUAAGAAUUGGCUUCUUAAUGAAGUGGAGGUGAUGGUCAGUACAGAAGAGGCCCGGCGCCACCUCACUGACCUGCUGGACGACAGAAAAGUCUUGGCUCAGGAGAUCAACCAUCUUAAACAGCAGCUCGAUGCCGGGGAGAGACCUGCUCCCAAAAUAAGGCGCCGAACCCUGAUCAUCUCUGAGCUGGAGAGCCACGGGGCAAUGGAAACGCCUCUGACCAAACAGGUGGAGAACCUGCAGACAGAAAUGGCUCUCAGGAACGCCCAGAUCGCUGACCUCCAGCAGAAACUUCUUCUAGCAGACAGCGAGGGGCGUUUGAAACAGCGGAUCGACGCCAUCACAAGCAUCGUGGAAGCCAAGAGUGCUCUUAGAGUCGCGCUGUCUGAGCUGGUGGCUGCUAAAACAGCCAAUUCCAAGCUGGAGAGUGAAGUCAAACAGGAAAAAGGAAACUCACAAGAUAUAAGGAAGAUGCUCGCUGAUGAGAGAAAUGUGUUGUCGACCAUGGACAUGGAGCAUCAGCAGCAGUUGGUGGAACUGGAGCAGGAACAUCAAGAGAAGGUGCUUUACCUUCUUAACCAGCUACAGAGCAAACCCAUAUAUAGUGAGUUGGACACAACAAAGCAGACAGCUGAGGAGAGUUCAAAGGAGAAGGAGCUUCUCCAGCGCCUCAAAGUUCAGGAAGAAGAGCUUGAAAAGCUGCAGGAUUUAAGUGAGCAGAACCAGAAACUGCUGGAGCAGAACGAGCAAUACAGACAGAAACUCUCAUUGCUUGUCUUGGCAAGUGGGAAAAAGAUCCUUGUGCCUACGAUAAACAACGAAAACAGCCCAGAUGACUCGUUUGAUUACAUUCCUCCAAAGCCUAAAGUGAAGCGCUUCACCACAGCAAAAGCCCCGCAGAACAUGGCCAUCAGCGUUGAAGAGCUGAUGUCUGAGAAUGACAGCGAGAAUGAGAUGGAGGAGGAGUGGCGCCCUGAGAAACCCGAGAAGGGACGCAAGGCCUCAAAGAAACCGAAGGCAACUGGGUGUGCGUGUAAAGGUCGCUGCAGUAACAAACAGUGCAGAUGUCGCAAAGGAAAGAUGACGUGCGGGGAAAACUGCCAGUGCGAUCAUGAGAAAUGCCGAAAUAUGGACAGCCAGGGGCCUUCUGAGGAUGCUGGGCAGACAGAAAAUGUUUCCAGAGACUCUGAAUCUCUACAAGAACCCAAAACCGCCAGCCCCGAGAACACCACCUUCUUCAAGGCGCCAUCUUGUACUCCCACAAAGAAGGUGCUAAAAGAGAUUGUAGAAAUGGGGCAUACCCCUUCAGACCUGAAGCUGAUCAGGAAACCCAUCUUGCCGGAGGAAGAGGAGGAGGAGGAGGAAGAGGAUGCAGGGGAGGACAGAACAACAGUCAGUUUCCUCAAGAAGAAGAAAAGACUCCUGACGAGUUUUCAGAACAGUUUUUUCUCUGGCUGCACGCCAAUCAGAGAGGAAUCUUAAUUGGAACGGUGGCGUGGGGCUUUCGGCGUUAGGUGUCCAUAUGUAUGUGUUCGGUUUAAUGUCUUUAUGUGUUGUCAUAACUUGAAAGUAGCUAUUGACUGUAAAACACUUUUUUUAACAUGAGGACUGUGAAUAGCUUUGAUUAGUUUAUUGAAAUACACAAUGAAAUGAUAAAGAAGCCUGUAUGAAACUUUUAGUUGAAUGUAUAACAUCAUAUUUCCCCCAUUGUGUAGAAAUGAAUCUACUCUUCUAAUACAUUAAUUCAAUAGUUCUCUAAUCUACAGUAACGUUUUUACUGAGCACUAUUCAACACAAUGUAGCUCAACAUCCUGGAGAGCAACUUGUUUUUAACUGUUCGUGUAGUAUCGGAGCUGAAUAAAGAUUUUAGAGUUAAAUCUUGUUUUAAAAAAAACAUUGUUUUCAUUUUGUCUCCAAGUGUACCAAUGUUUAUUAUCGUAGCAUCAUAAACUGAUGGAAAAUAGUUUCAUUAAUGAUUCACGUUUUUACUCUUGACUUUGCUGAGUUUAACUGAGCAGUUUGAGCUCUGAGUAUUUCAAAUGUAGCACAUGUUUCUUUCAAAUCCCCCAAAUGUUCAUAAAAGCAAAAUAAAAAGUCAUUGAUGAA